AUGACCACAGAAACAUCGGUUCCAACACAUAGCACAACCAUCAUCUCGACCACCAGCAAGACCCACACCACCAGGACCUCUACGCCUCCAACAGAAGGCACAACCACCACAACCACACCCACACCAACAGUGUCCUACUCAGCCACUAGCACUGCCAGCACUUCCAGGACCACUGCAGGAAGCACCACUACCACCACAGCCACAGCUCCUCCAAAACACACCACCAGUGUGGCAACACAGGAACCAACAUCGCCCACUACUGCCUCCACUUUCCCACCAUCAAUAACAACAACCGCUGGCACCACCCGCUUAACACAAAGCACCACCCGGACAACACAAGGCACAAACAUCAUCACGAACACCAGCAGGGGCAGCACCACCAGGACCUCUCCCCCUCCAUCAGAUGGCACAAUCACCACAACCACUCCCACGCCAACAGUGUCCCACUCACACACUAGCACUGCCAGCACCUCCACGACAACUGCAAGAAUUACCCCAAUGACCACAGAAACAUCGGUUCCAACAAAUAGCCCCACUGUGUCAACACAGCCUUCAACAUUACCCACUACUGCCUCCACCACCCCACCAUCAACAAUGACAGCCACUGCUGGCACCACAGUUGUCCCCACUACCAAUGCCCUAACAACACAAGGCACAACCAUCAUCACGACCACCAGCAAGACCCACACCACCAGGACCUCUACGCCUCCAUCAGAAGGAACAACCACCACAACCACACCCACACCAACAGUGUCCUACUCAGCCACUAGCACUGGCAGCACUUCCAGGACCACUGCAGGAAGCACCACUACCACCACAGCCACAUCUGCUCCAAAACACACCACCAGUGUGGCAACACAGGAACCAACAUCACCCACUACUGCCUCCACCAUCCCAAUAUCAGCAACGACAACCACCACUGGGACCACCCAGCCAACACAAGGCACAACCAUCAUCACGACCACCAGCAGGGCCAGCACCACAAAGACCUCACCUUCUCCAACAGAAGGCAUAACCACACCCACACCAACAGUGCCCACCUCACCCACUAGCACUGCCAGCAAUCCCAGGACCACUGCAGGAAGCACCACAAAGACCACGGAAACACCUGCUCCAACACACACCCGCAGUGUGGCAACACAGGAACCAACAGCACCCACCACUGCCUCCACCUUGCCACCAUCAUUAACGACAACCACCACUGGCACUACCCGGACCACUGCAGGAAGCACCACAAAGACCACGGAAACACCUGCUCCAACACACACCCGCAGUGUGGCAACACAGGAACCAACAGCACCCACCACUGCCUCCACCUUGCCACCAUCAUUAACGACAACCACCACUGGCACUACCCGGUUAAGACCAGGCACCACCCAGCCAACAAAAGGCACUACCAUCCUCACGAUCACCAGCAAGAUCGGCACCAAAAGGAGCACUGCCCCUCCAUCAGAAGGCACAACCACCACAACCACACCCACACCAACAGUGUCCCACUCACCCACUAGCACUGCUAGCAGCUCCAGGACCAUCGCAGGAAGCACCACAACCACCACAGCCACAUCUCCUCCAAAACAUACCCCCACUGUGGUAACACAGGAACCAACAUCACCCAUUACUGCCUCCACCUUCCCACUAUCAGCAACAACAACCACCGCUAGCACCACCCGGUUAACACAAGGCACCAACCGGACAACACAAGGCACACCCAUCAUCACAACCACCAGUAAGGCCGGCACCACCAGGACCUCUCCCCCUCCAUCAGAAGGCACAACCACCACAACCACACCAACACCAACAGUACCCAGCUCAACCUCUAGUACUGCCAACACCUCCAGGACCACCGCAGGAAGCACUACAACCACCACAACCACAUCUCUUCCAACACACAAGUCCACGUUGUUAACACAGAAACCAACAUCACCUACUACUGCCUCCACCAUCCCACCAUCAAGGACAACCACUGCUGGCUCCACCCGGCCAACACAAGGCACAACCAUCAUCACGACAACCAGCACGACCGGCACCACCCGGACCUUUCCCCCUGUGACAGCAGGAACAACCACCAUCACCAUACUCACGCCAACAGUGCCCACCUCACCCACUAGCACGGCCAGCAACUCCAGGACCACUACUGGAAGCUCCACAACCACCACAGCCAUUGAGCAGGCCCAGACGACACCACCACCAGCAGGAAACACUACAGGCUCCUCCACCACAGCCUAUCCAGCACACACCACCAGUGUGGCAACACAGCCUCCAACAUCAGCCACUACUGCCUCCACCACCCCACCAUCAACAAUGACAACCACUGCUGCCACCACCCGGUUAACACAAGGCACCACCAGGACAACACAAGGCACAACCAUCAUCACGACCACCAGCAGGGCCAGCACCACCAGGACCUCUCCCCCUCCAUCAGAAGGCACAACCACCACAACCACACCCACACCAACAGUGCCCACCUCACCCACUAGCACUGCCAGCACCUCCAGGACCACUGCAGGAAGCACCACAGUGACCACUGUCACAUAUGCUCCAACACACAACUCCACUGUGGCAACACAGUCUCCAACAUCACCCACUACUGCCUCCACCACCCCACCAUCAACAACGACAACCACUGCUGGCACCACAAAACCAAUACAAGGCACAACCACCAUCGCAACCAUCACCAGGGCCACCAGCACCGGGACGUCUCCCCCUCCAUCAGAAGGCACAACCACCACAACCACACCAACAGUGUCACACUCACACACUAGCACUGCCAGCACCUCCACGACAACUGCAGGAAGCACCACAACGACCACGGAAACAUCGGUUCCAACACAUAGCCCCACUGUGUCAACACAGCCUUCAGCAUCACCCACUACUGCCUCCACCACCCCACCAUCAACAACAACAACCAUCGCUGGCACCACGGUUGUCCCCACUACCACUGCCCAAACAACACAAGGCACAAGUAUCCUCACGACCACCAGCAAGACUGGCACCACCAGGACCUCUAUGAGUGCAUCAGAAGGCACAACCACCACAACCACACCCACACCAACAGUGUCCCACUCACAAACUAGCACUGGCAGCACCUCAAGGACCACUGCAGGAAGCACCACAAUGACCACGGACACAUCUGCUCCAACGCACACCCACAGUGUGGAAUCACAGCCUCCAACAGCACCCACUACUGCCUCCACCAUCCCACCAUCAACAAUGACAACAACCGCUGGCACCACAGUUGUCCCCACUACCACUGCCCCAACAACACAAGGCACAAACAUCAUCACGACCACCAGCAAGACUGGCACCACCAGGACCUCUCCCUCUCAAUCAGAAGAACAAAUUCCUGGCAUCUGUGUGAUUAACGGUACCAUAUACAUGGGUUAUCAAUAUAUGACAGAGGAUGGAGAGUGCUGUGGGAAGUGUAUUGAAGUAUCUUGCACAAUCAAAUUAAGUAACAACACUGUUCACGUGCUCAAUGUUGAUGAGAUCCUGCCACUUGAUAAUUGCAGCCAUUACAAAUGUGAAAAAAUUGAAGAUCAAUUUGUUGCAGUCCAAACUAAAAAAGUAUGCCCCGAGUACGACCCAGGAGAGUGCGAUCCUGUAAGUUUUAAUCAAUUCUUCACCAGCUGA